AUGGGGUUGAUUGGAAAGUUUUUCUAUGACACUUUUUCAUUUAUAGGAGGCCUGGUUUUCCCCGUCCCAGCUGAUCACUUAUUACUUCAACAACGACAAAGAGAAGAACAGUUACAAAACCAGAACACUUCAACACAAGCCACACAAAAUGAACCAGUUGCUGCCGUCCCACAAGCAGAAGCAACUCAACAGGACAAUUUACAAGAAACAAAGCAAACAACACAAGAGCCACAUGAAAAAUCGUUUCCCUCUUUGGUCAACCCUUUAAAGAAACGCGUCAUAGAGAUCGACUCGGAAGCAGACGAACAAACAAUUAUUAAGCAAUUUAUAACUAUUAUCGACCAAAAGAAACGAUCCAGUAUUAGUACCAUCAGUACGAAACAAGAAACACCUACGGAAGAGAAACGUCCACGACUGACAUCAGAUCAGAUCCGGAAAAUGUCAAAACAAGAGGCCGCUUUGUAUUUGAGAACUUCUACGUCGUGUCCCCAUUUCAAACCAAAGAAAUUGGUAACAAGAAAUUCUUAUUAUAAGACGGAGACACCUAGUCAAGGAACACAACCGAAACAAAUUAGUGGUGUUGAUUCAUAUUCACAGAUGCUUAAAAAUCAAGAUAUGGCAUUGCAACACCUGUCAAAAUUUUUUUCUGGUGAUUCAACGUUAUUAUCUGGUACUUCGAAACCUUUGCCUUUGCUGUCAAGCUCAUCGAGUGAAGAAACACCAAUACCACUUGGACCAAAGAAAGACCGAAUGAGCGAUUUUGGAGGGAAACGACCAUCAAAUGCGACGAUGGAGAAAAGAAGGAAGAGGAUUGAACAUGUGAAACCGAUUCGAGGGAUACGAGAGGACAAAGAAGAGAAGGUGGAGAACAAAAUUGCGAGAAUACAUAAAGAGACACAACGGAAGAAGACAACAAGCGAUUUCACACUACCGACAGACAAAAAUCAAAUACAUGAUGGGCUAAUAAAGGAUUAUUUCCAAUCCAUUAACGAACCUUCAAUGAAGAGAAUAAAUACAGAAAAGAAGAUAAACCCAACACCACAAAUGAGUUCAACUUUUGAUAUGAAAGAUCAUAUUAACAACAGAUUCAAUUUUGAAAUACCAAAACAAGUCGUUGCAGAAGUUAAUACUGAAAAGGGUGAAGAGAAAAAGAACGUGAUAAGGGAGGAGAACUUGGGAAAUACACAUCUUUAUUUUGCACCAAUACCAAUACCUCAAAGUCGUAAAGAUCCAAUUAAAGAUGAUGAGAAAAAGAGUGAUCAGCCUAUUGUAAAUUUAACACCCGUUGCACAAGUCAAUACCACACCGAAUGUCCCUUCUUUUGACUUCAGAAAUGUAUUUAAUACAGUGGCCGAAAAGCCAAAGGAAGACGUCACAGUGGAGAAUACACAGAAUUUGAAACAAAUUGAUAUGUUAAAUACCAAUUUAAUUGGAUUUGGAACAGUACCUCCAAAUGCUGAAACUAAGGAAAGUGCAAUGCAACAAGUGACGGAUGUGAAACCAAAUGUUAUAGAAGAGAAACAUGACACACCAGUAGAGAUCAAGCCUAUGAUAACAACACCAAAUACUACAACAAAUACAUUCUCUGAUUUUACAGGGUUUGGGUUUAAUCGCCCCAUGGCAGAAAUGGAAAAGAAAGAACCUUUCCAUCUUGAGAAACCAGUGCAAGUCAGUAAAGAACAAGUUGAAACAAAGAAGACAACAAACACUUCAUUCACCUUUCCACCAACAGAGAUCAAGAAACGAGGGUUGGAAAUGGAAAAAAGUCCAGAAGAACACGUGCAAGAAGAAGUGAAGGCAGUGGAAGACAAAAAAGAGGAAAACAAAAGAGAAAGCACUGCAACACAACCAUUUGCUGGGUUUUUUAAAGGAUUCGAUUCGUUAACUGAUGGAAAGGAAGGGCUACCAACGGGGUUCAAAUUUGAAGGGUUUGGAAACGUCGGGAGUUUGGCUACAGAGACACCAAAAGUGGGCGAAAAGGAACAAGAGAAACAAACACAUGAAGUUGUAUCACCACCUAUCCAACCUUUACAAAUGUCAACUACUCCAUCUACUUCAACUACUACUACGACGACAGAUUUUAAAGGGUUUGAAGGUUUCAACUUUGGAAAUACGACACACGAGACGAACAAAGGAGAGACAACAUCAACUGGUAAUAAUACGUUUGAUGGUAUGUUCAACACAACACCUGUUACUCCAAUAACUCCUGCAACAUCAGAACAACAAAUACAAACAACCGUAUCAAUAAAUACAACACCAGAAGGCGUUACUAACACUCCACCUGUCUUUUCUACAACUGAUAAUCAAAUGACUCAAACCAAUGGAACACAAAAUGCACCAAUGGUACCAACUCCUUCAAACAAUAUGGCUACUGAUGUAAAAAUUGAAGCAAAAGAACCGUCUAAAGUUGAACCAACUAAACAAGACGAAGCUAUUGUAAUACCUCAAACAACACCUCAAACAAAUAUAGAACCAACUCCAAUACCUCAACUUGUUCUUCCAAUUGAAAACAAGGCAGUCACUACUACUCCUAUUGAACAACCGAAAAACGACCAACCUAUUCCAAUACCACCAGUUAACCCAACAAUAGCUCCAACAGUUGCUCCACCAGCUAUGUUCACUCCUCCAACUCCCUUUGUUGGCUUCGAUAACAAAACCCCUGCGAGUAAUGACUUAUUUGCUUUCAAUUUGACGCCACAAACGUCAACAAUAAUUGCUACACAACCCGGUGCACCCACUAAUUUGAAUGGAACACAAGCUAUGACACCAUCAACCCCUUCAACAGGCUUCGCUUCGGCUUUUGGGUUCGGCGAUAAGACACAACCGCCUCCUUUCACCCCACAGAAUACAUCAACUACCGUUGCACAACCAUUACUAUCGAAUAGUACGAGUGGAACAUCAGCGGCUUCCACAGGUACAUUAUUUGGCGACUUGUCUAUCAAAAUGCAGAACGUGGAUUUCAAUGCCAAUACUAAACCAAACAACGGGAAUGGAACAACACUCUUUGAUUUUGGGAAUCAAACGAACACCCCCUCACAAUUUGGAAUUGGCCGGCCGACCAUCCAAAACGACUUCACUGGGUUUGCAUCUGCUUUUUGCCCAAAUGCUACAGACAACAGUGCAAAUACUUCCUUUGGAUUUGGGACGAUUGGGCAGUCGUUACAACAACCCUCCAGCCCCAACCUUCAAUCCCAAAGCAAUUUCUUUGGGAUGGGCCAAGUGCAAGGGCCAGCUGGGACCUUUGACUUCAAAUCUGAAAUGGAAAAGGCAUUUGCACAAGACGGGAGUUCGUUCACAUGUGUCAGUGAUAAACAUAAGCAUAAACAGAAAUGA